AUGGUACAAGAAUACCAGUCUCCUGUCCGGGUCUACAAACAUCCGUUCGAGUUAAUAAUGGCAGCUUACAACAAAAGAUUUCCAAAGUGUCACUUGAUUCCAGUGUUUGUAGACAGUGAGGUCAUCAGUGAAAACCAAAGCCAGGAUGGCUCCACAGUGGUGAUUGAAAGACGCUGCAAGAUUGACAUUGAUGCGCCUCGACUCCUCAAACGGCUUGCCGGUGUAGACUACCUGUAUUUCAUCCAAAAGAACACAUUGAACCGGAGAGAGCGGACUCUCGUCAUUGAGAUCAUAAACGAAUCGUUUUCCAGCAGGGUCAUUUCCCAUGAGUACUGCAAAUACUCGGUACAUCCUGAGAAUAAUGAGUGGACAUGUUUUGAACAGACAGCUAGUCUUGAUGUUAAAUCCUUUUAUGGCUUUGAAGGCAUGGCAGAGAAAAUAGCAAUGAAGCAGUAUGCCAGUAACAUAGAAAAGGGGAAUGAAAUUAUCCAGUAUCACCUCAAAGAGCUAGAGAAAGAGGGCAUAACGUAUAUACCUCGUUGGACUCAAACAACUCCUACAGAAGCCAUCACUGGAAACUGUGUCAAAGCUGUGGUCUCGGCCCGUGUGGAGGACAACACCAAAGGGAUAUUGACGACCUCUGCUCAUGGUCAGUUUGACGCUGUGUUUUGGCCUGCAGACAAGUUGGAUGCUGAUUACAUCAGACGUUACCUAGGUGAUUUAACGCCUCUGCAGGAAAGCUGUCUUAUUCGACUGCGGCAUUGGCUCCAGGAAACCCACAAGGGCAAGAUUCCAAAGGAUCACCAUGUGUUGCGCUUUUUAAGAGCCACAGAUUUCAACUUUGACAAAGCUCGAGAGCUUCUGUGCCAAUCGCUGACAUGGAGGAAGAAAUACCAGGUGGAUUAUGUAUUGGACUCAUGGGAACGCCCUCAACUUCUUCAGGACUACUACACUGGAGGCUGGCACCACAAUGACAAAGAUGGUCGGCCUCUUUAUAUAUUGCGUUUGGGUCAUAUGGACACUAAAGGAUUGAUGCGCUCCUUGACAGAAGAGGUGCUGGUUCGGCAGGUUGUUGCCAUCAAUGAAGAGGGACUGAGACGCUGUGAGGAAAAUACAACAACUUUUGGUCAACCAAUCAGUUGCUGGACUUGCUUGGUUGAUCUGGAGGGUCUUAACAUGCGUCAUCUUUGGAGACCUGGACUAAAGGCACUCUUUAGAAUCAUCGAAGUGGUGGAAGCCAAUUACCCUGAGACUCUGGGCCGUCUGCUCAUGCUAAAAGCACCCAGAAUAUUCCCUGUGCUGUGGGCGUUGGUCAGCCCUUUGAUCAAUGAAAACACACGUAAGAAGUUCCUUGUUUAUGCUGCAAAUGACUACCAGGGUCCAGGUGGUUUGUUGGACUACGUUGAGCAGAAAUUCAUCCCUGACUUUUUGGGAGGGGACUGUGCGUGUGACAUUCCAGAAGGAGGUUUAGUUCCCAAGUCUUUGUACAGGACAACAGAAGAGCUGGAGAUUGAAGACAACCGAUUAUUGACAGAAUCCAUUUAUAAAAGUGCCAGUAUUUUCAAGGGAGCUCCAUAUGAGAUUUUAAUUGAGAUCAUAGAAGCUUCCUCUGUCAUCACCUGGGACUUCGAUGUGUCUAAAGGGGAUGUUCUCUUCAACAUCUACCAUUCCAAGAGAGCUCCACAGCUGCCAAAGAAAGAUGUAAUUGGAGCCAGUGGUUUAACGUCCUUUGGGGGUUCGCAGCUGUUAGACAAGAGCUGGGUGCUGGGUCAGGACUACAGCUUGGUAGAAAAAUCCCUCACCUGCAGAGAGGGGGAGAGUGCACAGGGCUCUCACAUCACUCGCUGGCCCGGAUGCUACAUCCUCCAGUGGUGCUUUCACAGCUGCCCAGCUGCCUCAGCCUCCAGCCUGUCUUACGUGGAUGAUGUGCUGGCCUCUCUGCAGGUCUCCUCCCACAAGUGUAAGAUCAUGUACUAUACCGAGGUGCUGGCUUCUAGAGACAUCAGCGGAUCCAUGACCAGCUUGGAGUCCAAUCACAGUGGUUUCUCUCAGCUCAGUGUGUCCACUACUCUUUCAAGCCAGUCACACACCAGCUCGACUGUCUCUAGGUAG